CAGCAAACCCCGGGUCACAGAGGCCGGAGGAGAGGCCUGUGCUGACUGGACAAGAAGUGAUGGACAUCGGCAGCUGACUUCUCCUGAGGAGGGGCUUCUGGCAGCCCCAGCGGUGUGACGAUGGGGGACUGGAACUUCCUGGGCGGGAUCUUGGAGGAGGUGCACAUCCACUCCACCAUGGUGGGCAAGAUCUGGCUGACCAUCCUCUUCGUCUUCCGCAUGCUGGUGCUGGGCGUGGCGGCGGAGGACGUGUGGAACGACGAGCAGUCGCACUUCGUCUGCAACACGGAGCAGCCGGGCUGCCGCAACGUGUGCUACGACCGCGCCUUCCCCGUCUCGCUCAUCCGCUACUGGGUGCUGCAGGUCAUCUUCGUGUCCUCGCCCUCGCUGGUCUACAUGGGCCACGCCCUGUACCAGCUGCGCGCCCUGGAGAAGGAGCGGCAGCGGCGGAAGGCACAGCUCCGGCGGGAGCUGGAGGCGGCGGAGGCGGAGCCCGCGGAGGCGCGGCGGCGGCUGGAGAGGGAGCUGCGGCAGCUGGAGCAGGGCCGGCUGAACAAGGCGCCGCUGCGCGGGUCGCUCCUGCGCACCUACGUGGCGCACAUCCUGACCCGCUCCGCCGUGGAGGUGGGCUUCAUGCUGGGCCAGUACCUGCUCUACGGCUUCCGCCUGGAGCCGCUCUACAAGUGCGAGCGCGAGCCCUGCCCCAACGCCGUCGACUGCUUCGUGUCCCGCCCCACGGAGAAGAGCGUCUUCAUGGUGUUCAUGCAGUGCAUCGCCGCCGUCUCCCUCUUCCUCAACAUCCUGGAGAUCCUGCACCUGGGCUACAAGAGGCUGAAGAAGGGCCUGCUGGACUACUACCCGCACCUGCGGGACGACCUGGACGACUACUGCGUCAGCCGGUCCAAGAAGAACUCGGUGGUGCACCAGGUGUGCGCGGGCCGAAAGGCCACCAUCCCCACCGCGCCCAGCGGCUACACCCUCCUGCUGGAGAGGCAGGGCAACGGACCCACCUACCCCGUCCUGGAGACCUCCUCCACCUUCGUCCCCAUCCCGGGCGACCCCGCCGCCUGCAAGACGGGCCUGGACGUCGUCCUCCUCAAGGAGGCGUCGCCCGGCCCCGCCGAGCCCAACGGCGCCUCCAAAACCACCACCAGCAGCGAGACGCGGUCGCCGCCCACCGACAAGCAGGGCGACUCGGAGGAGCACCCCGGCAGCGAGCCGCGGGAGGAGCCCGGGGGCGUCCCCGGGCGCUCCGCCCUCCCGGCGGACUCCUCCUCCUCCUCCUGCCCCACGCUCCUCCUCGGCGCGGGCCGGAGGCCGCGGCGGGUCAGCGCCCCCUGGAACUGCUCCACGGUGGAGGAGAGCAACAGCUCCGACGGCGAGGGCUUCGGCGGCGCCGGCGCGCUGGCGACCCGCUGUGGCUUCGCCGCGGGGCGGGCCCGGGCCGCCUCAAAGCCCGACCUCAAGCGGCCGAGCCGGCCCCAGAGCCCGGACUCGAUCGGGGGCCUCAGCUCCGAGUCUAGGCCCAGUCACGACGGCGACAGCAGCCCGCAGCCCUUCCCUCCAAACCGCCGAAUGUCAUUGGCAAGUAGCGGCAGCAGCAGGCGAGCCCCCAGCGACCUGCAGAUCUGAGCGUCACUGUGCUGCAGAUGUCUUCCAUCCUGAAAAAGCACUGAAGUAGCAGAACUGAAAACUGAGUUUUAUUAUAUGCUGUAAACGAGAGGGGCGGGGGGUUUUAUACACUGAAUACUACGGUACUGUGCAUUGUACACAGUAUAAAUUUGUGGGG